AUGACCAUUAACGAUGAGAAUCCCGUUAUGAAUAAUGGAGCGGACUUUGAGGAGUACGACGAUGAGGUCUCCUCACAGAUGUUCGAGAGGGCCCGUAUCCGCGCAUUAGCUGGUAGGUGCUCAAAAAUAACCUUGCCUUAAUCAAUUCGGGCUUUUUUUAUGUGAAAAGGGGGGUCUUUUUUUAUUUCCUUUCUUUAUAUUUUGAUUAGAGAAAGUAAGGAAGGAAUCCAUUCCUUCGCUACUAUCUAUAAAAAUUGUCGUAUAAAAUUUUUGAAAUCCCGAAAAAAUUUCGCAUGGCUCCGGGACGGGGCAUGCAAAAUUUUUCGACCCGGUUUUUUCGAAAUCCCGAAUUUUUCGUGAAAGAUGACAAAAAGUGGAUUUUUUCGUUCAAUUUUUUAUUUUGAUUUGAAAACAACGCUGGUGACGACUGCGUGUAGGCUUACUUGCCGCUAGCCCGAAUAAUAACAUCAUUUCAAAUUCAAUUUGAAACAAUCCCGCAUUUUUGAAAAUUCUUGUUGGCAGUUAUGAAAAUUUUUCGGGCCGGCCGGGGUUUCGAAUUUUUACAGGCCCGGGCUCGGAAAUUCCAACCCGGUUUGCAGCCAUGCUUAACAAAAAUAACAUCGCAUUAAAAAGAAAAUGGCAAAAAAUUGAAGACGGAAGCAAUAACCGAUGUAUGUGAUUGCAGAUGAGCGUGAGGUCGUUCAGAAGAAAACAUUCACCAAAUGGGUUAACUCCCAUCUCAUCCGCGUGUCCUGUAAGAUCCAAGAUUUGUAUGUGGACAUGAGAGAUGGAAAGAUGCUGAUUCAGCUUCUCCAAGUGCUAUCUGGGGAACGAUUGCCUAAACCAACAAGGGGAAAGAUGAGGAUCCAUUGUCUUGAGAACGUUGACAAAGGAUUGCAGUUUCUCCGAGAUCAACGUGUGCAUCUGGAGAACUUGGGGCCAAAUGACAUUGUUGAUGGAAGUCCCAGAUUAACAUUGGGUCUUAUCUGGACUAUUAUUCUACGGUUCCAGAUCCAAGACAUCACAUUUGAAGACACUGACAAUCAAGAGACAAGACAAGCCAAGGAAGCCCUCCUUCUUUGGUGUCAAAUGCAGACGGCUGACUAUAAAAAUGUUAAUGUCAGAAACUUUACUACUAGGUAACAAUCAUUUCCUACCAAAAAAUCUAAGCACGUAAAAACUUUUAAUCACCGAAUUCUUGCAGCUGGAGAGACGGUCUUGCCUUUAAUGCUCUCAUCCACAAACAUCGCCCAGAUCUCAUAGACUUUGAUAAACUGCAGAAAUCCAAUGCCAUACAUAACUUAAAGAAUGCUUUUGACGUCGCUGAAAACCAUCUUGGCCUUCUCCGAUUCCUGGACCCUGAGGGUAAGCGCAAAAAACAUUAAAACAAUUACUUUAUGGCCCACAUCCGGCUUCUAUUAGGUAAAUUGUUAUAAUACAGUAUUACUCUUAUAGAUGUUAAUGUCGAACAACCCGAUGAGAAAUCGAUUAUCACUUAUGUUGUUACUUUCUACCACUACUUCAACAAAGUGAAACAAGAGGAAAUCCAAGGAAAACGUAUCGGAAAAGUAAUUAGUGAACUAAUAGACAACGAUAAGAUGAUGGACAAAUACGAAGAGAUCUCAAGUAGUCUUCUGGAAUGGAUCAGAAAGACCAUCAUCAAUCUCAACGACAGAAACUUCACCAACUCAUUGACAGGUGUCCAGAAACAACUCACAGAUUUCAAUCAGUACCGAACUCAAGAGAAACCACCACGGUUUCAGGAGAAAGGAGAAUUAGAAGUACUUCUGUUUACACUUCAGAGCCGAAUGAGAGCCAAUAAUCAGAGACCUUUUGUUCCAAGUGAAGGAAAAAAGGUUGCUGAAAUUAAUAGGGCUUGGGAAGAUCUUGAACGGGCUGAACAUGAACGGGAAUUGGCUCUCAAAGAAGAACUAAUAAGGUAAUAAAAAACAUUAAAUUAAGGUCAAUGCUUAACAGUAAAAGUAACUUUUACCGUUUCAGACAAGAAAAACUCGAACAACUGGCUGCUAGAUUUGACCGUAAAGCUGGGAUGAGGGAGACAUGGCUCACCGAGAAUCAACGUCUGGUCAGCCAAGACAACUUUGGAGACGACCUUGCAGCUGUGGAAGCUGCCUUGAAGAAACAUGAAGCCAUCGAAACAGACAUUCAUGCUUACGAAGAACGAGUGCAAGCGGUUGUCGCCGUUGCCGGAGAACUUGAAGCGGAGAAUUACAACGACAUCGAACGUAUUAUUGCUUCGAAAGAUCAUAUUCUUGAGUUGUGGAACACUCUGCUUGAACUCUUACAAGCACGUCGCGCCCGAUUGGAUGCCCAUAAGAACAUUGAAAAGAUCUUCCAUGACAUGGAUGGAGUUCUUAACAUGUGUGAUGAAAUAGAAGCCAAACUAAGGUCAGAAGAUCGUGGCCAACAUUUGAUGGACGUCCAAGAUCUACUCCAGAAACAUGCAAUGAUUGUAUCUGAUCUAAAUAUCAUCAACGACCGUAUUCAAAGUGUAAACAAAGCAGCUGAACCAUAUGCCCAAGAUCCGGCUGGAGCUGAUGACUUCCGCCCGGUCAACCCUCAGGUUGUCCGAGACCGAAGACAGGCGCUAAUUGAUCGCCUGGAUGAACUUCAAGAGCUAGCUGCAAACAGAAAUCGUGACCUUGAAGACAAUAGAAAGCUUUGUCAGUUCUGGUGGGAUUUGGCUGAUCUGGAGAACACGUUCCGAGAACAAGAACAAGUUUUGGCUCUUACCAAUACCGGCCACGAUGUCCCCUCCGUUAAACGGCUCAUCGCAGAACACAAGAAUGCGGAGAACAAUCUGGAAAGUCUUGGAAAUAUCCUGCAGACUCUUGAAGAACAAGGCCAAGAACUUGCAAAUGAGGGAAUUCCAGGGUCAGAGAACAUUAAUGCCAGAAUAGACGAAACCCGAAGCUAUUACAACAAGCUGAAGGAACUGGCCGAUGCUCGCCGCAGCAAUCUGGAUGGAGCCUUGAAUUACUUCUUGUUCUUCAACCAGGCCGAUGAAGUAGAUGGACUUCUAUUGGAUACUCUCCGUGUAGUUUCAUCUGAUGACGUUGGCCGAGACGAAGGAACAGUUGGCGUUCUUCUCAAGAAACAUGACGGCGUUAAAGAUGAUCUUGACAAGUUCGACCAACACAUCGUCCAAUUGCAAGCUCAGGUUGAAUCUUUGCCUCAAGAAGCCAGAGCUCACCCCGACAUCAUCCAACGAUUGGCUCAAACUGAUAAACGUCGUCGUGACCUGGAGGAAUUGUCAAGGCUCCGAAAGCAACGCCUUAUCGAUGCUUUGUCACUUUACAAACUCCUUAGUGAUGCGGAUGCUAUCGAAGCAUGGAUUGAUGAAAAAGGAAAACUCUUGGCCACAUUGAUUCCCGGAAACGAUUUGGAGGAAGUCGAGAUCAUGAAACAUCGCUUCGGAACUCUGGAGAACGACCUCAAAAACCAAGAAGACAAACUGAACACGGUCAACAAACUGGCCCGUGAAAUGGUUCAAGUGGAUCAUCCAAAUGUUGACGAAAUCCUUCAACGCCAAAACAAGCUCAAUGCUCGUUGGGCUCAGCUUAAGGACAUGGUUGACCAAAAGAGAUCCGAGCUUGACCGGGCCCAUCGUCUGGAGACCUUCCGAAUCGAUUGCCAAGAAACCGUCACUUGGAUUGAAGAUAAGACCAGAGUUCUUGAAGAUUCAGGAGAACUUACCAAUGAUCUCAGCGGUGUUAUGAGACUGAAGAGACGGCUGUCCAUGAUGGAACGGGACCUAGGCGCUAUUCAGGGCAAACUCAACAAUCUGCAAGCUGAAGCCGACGAAAUUGCAGUCGAAAAACCACAUCAAGCCCAAGUCAUCAGAGAAGACAUCAGCAGAAUCCAACAUGUCUGGGAUGUUCUUAACCGUAAGGUCAGAGAACAAGAGGCCAAGUUGGAGGAAGCAGGUGACCUUCAACGAUUCCUACGCGAUCUCGACCACUUCCAAGCUUGGCUUACCGCAACGCAACGCCAAGUUGCCAGUGAAGAUGAACCUCAAAGUUUGGCCGAAGCCGAAAGACUGCUGGCUCAACAUAAAGCAAUCCACGAUGAGAUCAAUGGAUAUGCUGAGGACUAUAAGAAGAUGCGAGCGAUGGGUGAUCGAGUCACACAAGACCAGACUGAUCCUCAGUACAUGUUUUUAAGACAGCGACUUGCUGGGUUGGAGGAAGGUUGGGAAGAACUGGGUCGGAUGUGGGAUAACAGGCAACACAUGUUAUCGCAAGGACUCAAUCUUCAAAUGUUCUUACGUGAUGCCAAGCAAGCCGAAGUCAUGUUAUCACAACAAGAAAACUUCUUAGCCAAGGAAGAGCAACCUCAGUCAUUAGAACAGGCAGAGAAUUUGCUGAAAAGACAUCAAGACUUUUUGACAACCAUGGAUGCAAACGACGAAAAGGUCCGUGGUGUCGUUAUAUUUGGUGACAAACUCAGUUCUGAUGGUCAUUACGCAGCUGACAAGAUUCAUAAAAAGUCACGCAAUAUUCAAGAGCGACGAGAAGCAAAUCGUGAGAAAGCCUUGGCUCAGCUCGACAUGCUCAAGGAUGCUUUGGGAAUCCAACAGUUCCUGAGUGACUGCGAAGAGUUGAGGGAAUGGAUCGAAGAGAAGAUGAUCCUUGCUCAAGAUGAGACAUACAGAGAUGCCAAGACCAUAACUUCUAAGUUCGUGCGUCAUCAAGCCUUCCAGUCCGAACUACAGGCAAACAAAGCUCGCCUUCAAGAAUUAAAACAAGCUGCUGAAAAGUUGAGUGAAGAGAAACCAGAAUUCAUUGAAGCCAUCUCACCUCACGUUGGAGAGUUGGAGAACCAAUGGACUCAACUGGAAGAGACUACUGUUGAAAAAGGCAAGAAACUGUUUGAUGCCAAUAGACAACAGCUCUACGUCCAAUCUAUUGCUGAUAUGCAAGAUUGGGCGCAGCAACUGGAACAGCAGAUCGGAGUUGAUCAACCACCAUCCGACUUGUCUACAGUCAAUGUCGCCAUGCAACGACAACAGGCGAUCGAAUCGGAGAUGGAGAAGAAGGUCCUUCAUCUGGAAUCUCUUCAACAAAUGGAGCCGCAAUUGGAGGAACUGCACCCAGAUGAGCUGGAAGAUAUCAAGGCCCAUCGUUUGGCAAUCACCGAGAAAUUGCAGAGGCUGAAGGCACCACUUGACGAUCGACGCAGACAACUCGAGCGCAGAAAGGCCGCCUUCCAAUUCGUUCGCGACGUUGAGGAUGAGAAAUUAUGGGUUGAUGAACGUCUUCCUAUUGCCAACGCUCCACAACUCGGUGAAAAUCUGUUCGACUGUCAACGAUUACAGAAGAACACGGAUUCUCUACGUGGCGAAAUGGAAAACCAUGAGUCUUGGAUCAGAAAAAUUAUUGAGAAUGGUGAAGAGCUGAUAGAUGAAGGUCACGAGAAUGCGGAGCAGUUCAAAGACAAGAUCAAGGAAAUGCAAGAUAAAUGGCAGAGCCUUAAGGAUGCUCUUGAUGAACGAAAACGGCGACUUCAAGAAAGCGAGAAGGCCCACUUGUUCUUGUAUGAUUGCAACGAGUCCGAAGCUUGGAUGAGUGAGCAGGAGUUGUACAUGAUGCAAGACGAACGUGGAAAAGACGAGUUCUCUACACAAAACCAAAUCAAAAAACACGAACGAUUACAGCAAGACAUUAACAACUAUGCUGACAGUAUUCGUGAACUUGGUAAAAGAGCCCAUCAAUUCAUCGAGGAGAAGUCGCCCCUUAGCGACCAAAUUGCCCUUAGGCAAUCUCAAAUUGAAAAGCUUUACGCUGGACUCCAAGAUCUGUGCAAAGAACGAAGAAAACGAUUGGACGAGACCCUUCAAUUGUACGGUCUUCACCGAGAAAUUGACGACCUCCUCCAAUGGAUUGCCGAUAAAGAAGUCGUGGCUGGAUCUCACGAGAAUGGACAAGAUUACGAACACGUCCAAAUGCUCCAAGAACGAUUCCAGCAGUUUGCCCGUGAUACCGAAGCAAUCGGUUCAGAACGAGUUGCAAGGGCUAACAAUGACUGUGAUCAGGUAAGCAAAAGUUAACAUAAAUUUACAACUAACAUUUAUAUUUUCAGUUGAUUGUUGAAGGUCACAGUGAUGCCCCUACAAUCGCACUAUGGAAGGACAGUUUAAACGAGGCUUGGGAGAAUCUACUGGAGUUAAUAGAUACUCGUUCUCAGAUUCUCGAGGCUUCACGUCAAAUGCAUAAAUUCUUCCACGACUGCCGAGAUUGUCUAUCCCGUAUCAUCGAGAAGAAACACAGUAUGCCCGACGAAUUGGGACGUGACUCAUCAUCCGUCAAUGCUCUUAGCCGCAAGCAUCAGAACUUCCUCAAGGACAUCGAAGCCAUCGGAGCUCAGGUCAGACAAAUCGAGCAAGACGCUGCAUACCUUCGGGAUUCUUAUGCCGGCGACAAGGCCAUUGAAAUCGCAUCCAAAGAGGCCGAAGUCCUCAAAGAAUGGAAACAACUUCAUGCGCUGUGCGAAGCCAGGAAUAUCCGCUUAAGAGACACUUCAGACCUGUUCAGGUUCAUGAAUAUGGUCAGAGAUCUCUUGCUGUGGAUGGACGAAGUCAAACGAGAAAUGACUUCUCACGAACGGCCAAAGGAUGUCUCCGGAGUUGAAUUAUUAAUGAAUAACCAUCAAUCCCUGAAGGCAGAGAUCGAUACUCGAGAAGAUAACUUCAGCGCUUGCAUUACAUUGGGGCGCAAUCUUCUGGAGAGGAAACAUUAUGCAAGUUCAGAGAUUGAAAAGAAAUUGAUCAAACUGACAACAGAACGAGCAGAAAUGAUGCAUAGAUGGGAAGACCGGUGGGAGUACCUCAGAUUGAGUAAGUCUAUCUAUUUAAUACGAUUUACAUUCAAUUUUAGUCCUCGAAGUGUACCAAUUUGCCCGGGAUGCGGCUGUGGCCGACGCUUGGUUGAAUGCUCAAGAACCCUACCUCAAGUCAUUAAACUUCGGUCGGAAUCUGGAAGAAGUUAUUGCCAUGAUUAAGAAACACGAAGCCUUCGAAAAGUCCGCAGCUGCUCAAGACGAUCGAUUCCUUGCUCUUGAGAAGUUGACCAACUUCGAGUUAAAGGAAAUGCAAAGGCGAGAACAAUACGCGGAUGAAGAACGCCGUCGUCGCUCAGGAUCUCCUCAAGCCAGACCAGGUCGUUCGGGAGAAACUACAUUCCCAGUUCACGAACCAGGACGAUCUGAAGGUAGGUUGUGUGAAGAGUCAUGCUUUGCAAAUGUUCGACUUUCAAUGUUGUAAAUCGUCUUUUGUAGCGUUCGAUUUGACUGUGAGCUCAUUUGGUAGUGGUGGUAGUGCUCAUAGAGGUAAUUUUUUGUUGUGAUUUAACAAUGGCCCUGACAGGCUCACUCUGUCCAAUUUCCAUGAAGCCUUGUAAUUCGGCCGAACGUUUUUUCGUCAAAAGUUUUUCGCCCAAACUCCGUAAAUCCAUUGUUAUGUGGUUGUGAUUUUAGAACGCUCUCGUCUUCAAGCAGAACCUUCCUCAUGGAGGCAAUCGCUUUCUCGAUCUGCCCGCUUCGGAGUGCAUGAUUUACAUGGUAUUGUUUGUUGUAACAUUCGUCGUUUGAUUUGAUAUUUUGGAGCUAGUUGUUUUGAUAACUUUUAUAACCGUCAUUCCUUUUAGGUGCUUUGACAGCGGAUGGAUUCGAAGGCACAAUUAUUCGAAAACACACUUACGAAGCAUUAGACCGAAGAGCUUCUAAUAGGUACGCAUAACUUUUUUUUCUUAUUUAUUUUUACUUUAGGGCUUGGGAUCGACUUUAUGCCGUCCUCCAAGGCAGUGAACUCUGGUUCUUCAAAGAUCUCAAACAUCGACAAGAACAAUCUACCUUCCACAAUGAACCCGCUAUCCAACUUGCUGGGUGCACCGUGCAGCCUUCGGAAUACUCGAAACGGAAGAACGUCAUAUCAUUGAGAUUACCAUUCGGUUCUGAAUAUUUGCUACAAUGUGCGGAUGAGGUAUGUUGGAUUUAAUACUUUAAAGUAAUGAUGACAUUUAUUUACAGGAAGACAUGCAGAAAUGGUUGACUCAAUUGCAACGUGCCACAGGCCAUAUAAGUGUGGAGCAGGGUUCUCCCCAACCCCAGUCUUCAUCGACACCCAUCCCUGAAGAAGGUCGCGGUCAAAGCCCGGCCGAAGCCCCCGUCAAACAGAAAAAGGGAUUCUUUUCUCGCAAAAAGUAG